GAGCAAAAGAUCAUAUCAAGAUAAGCAUUAGAUCAUCAAUCUGACCCAAAAAACAUAUUAUAAAUCAACUUCUAAACCAACCCAUUUUAAUAUCUCAAACCCUAACAAUCAAACCAUCUUCCAAACAAAAAUGGCAGCCUCCACCAUGGCUCUAUCAUCAUCUUUUGUUGGACAAGCUGUGAAAUCAGCUCCAUCUGUUUCAGACAUCAAUGGAAAUGGAAAAGUUUCCAUGAGGAAAACCGCGGUUAAGAAAGUGGCGCCAUCGGGGAGCCCAUGGUACGGUCCCGACCGUGUUAAGUACCUGGGCCCAUUCUCCGGUGAGGCCCCAUCUUACCUCACCGGGGAAUUCCCAGGUGACUACGGUUGGGACACUGCUGGGCUCUCCGCUGACCCAGAGACAUUCGCCAAGAACCGCGAGCUUGAGGUCAUCCACUGCAGAUGGGCCAUGCUCGGGGCUCUUGGGUGUGUGUUCCCCGAGCUCUUGGCCCGUAACGGUGUCAAGUUUGGGGAAGCGGUCUGGUUCAAGGCUGGAGCCCAAAUCUUUAGUGAGGGUGGGCUUGACUAUUUGGGAAACCCUAGUUUGAUCCAUGCACAAAGUAUUCUUGCCAUUUGGGCUACUCAGGUUGUUUUGAUGGGUGCUGUUGAGGGUUACAGAAUUGCUGGUGGGCCACUUGGUGAGGUGGUUGACCCACUUUACCCUGGUGGUAGUUUUGACCCAUUGGGCCUGGCUGAUGACCCAGAGGCUUUUGCUGAGUUGAAGGUUAAGGAAAUCAAGAAUGGAAGACUUGCUAUGUUCUCCAUGUUUGGGUUCUUUGUUCAGGCCAUUGUGACCGGAAAGGGACCAUUGGAGAACCUGGCUGACCACCUUGCUGACCCUGUUGCAAACAAUGCAUGGUCAUAUGCUACAAACUUUGUUCCUGGAAAGUGAGUUUGAGUUUGGAGUUUGGAGUUGAGUGAAUGUGUUUGACAUGAAGUUUGAUUGAUGUCAUGAUGUUUGUGAAUUAAUUAGUAAAUUAUAUGGCUUGAUUUUGUGCA